CUGGCCGCAGUUUGCUGCCUGGUGGGCGUGGCCAUCCUGCUGCUCGUCGAGCAGCCCACGGGCGUGUCGGCCGUCAAACUGACCUACCUGGGCAACACCACCGCCUGCGAUACAUGCGACCUGGACGUCGACUUCUCCGGUCGAAACUUCAUCUGCUGCCUGGCGCACAGCAAGUGCUGCGGGCCCGACAGCCUCGACAGGAAAAGGCGGAGCCUGUGAGAUGACGUCGGCACACUUCUCCGGACGCACCUGAGCAGAAAAAGAAAAAAAAAAACAGUACACCCUGCUUGGUCACUGACAUGCUUUAAGUGAUUAUUGAACCAUAGACGAAUUCCUACACACACUAUUCAGACAAAAAGCAGUCAAACGCAAAAGAGACGAAUGCUCGUCAAAUUUUGUACAGCUAAAUAAUGAAGUAUGAUCAUGAAAGCAUCUUCAGCUUUUCAUUUCUUUCUUUCUUUUUUUUUUUUGUAUCCCAAAUGUUAAAAAAGAAAAUGAGUCUACAAAUAUUCACGGCGAAGAGCGUUUGAGCUGUUUCCCAGUCGUGCAUAACGCUCGCCAGUUCUUCCUAAGAGUGUAAUUCGUGAUUGUAUUGUGUUUAAUAUUACACUGACGGGAUAACAGAAAGCCAACAAAGCAACAAUGUCGUGCAAUCUACCAGCACGUUAAUAGUGUUUGGGCUACGCGCGUUUAGUUGUUUUUUUUUAUUGUUCUUUCAGUGCAACACUGAACGCAAUACAAUCAUUGACGUCUACCAACUAUCCCAGUUUUCUUGCUUUAAUGAAUUUGUAAACGCUGCUAAAAAAUAAGAAGUCAAUCUGCUCGUCGUUUUCCAUUGGUGCAUGUGCAGCUGAAUGACGUGUUACGCUCGUGAAAUUUUCGUUGCUGUUUGUUUCUUUUUUCCACAUUUGUUAUUGUUGUUUUCUUUGUCAUAAAGCGCAGCUAACACAUUUUAGUAGUUACCCAAACCAUCUUUGCAUCAUAUUCACUUCGUACUGUCCAUGAAUAAAUUUCUCUUGAA